AUGUUGUCAUUAUGGAAGAGGAGAAGAUCAGGGAAGAAGAAACAGAAUGUAGAAGACGAUAAUAAAAAUGGCGGCGGCGGCAGGGAGCUGAGGAUUCCGUCCAAUUUUGUGUGUCCGAUCUCGCUGGACCUUAUGAAGGAUCCGGUGAUGUUGUCGACGGGGAUCACGUACGACCGGGACGGCAUCGAGGCGUGGCUGGAGGCCGGGAACCGGACGUGCCCUCUCACCAAGCAAGUCCUGCUCGCCGGUUCAGACCCGGUCCCAAAUCACGCCAUAAGGCAGAUGAUUCAGGACUGGUGCGUCGAGAAUGCCGAUUCCGGCGUCGAAAGGAUCGCCACGCCUAAAGCGCCGAUCGCCUCACGAGAAGUGGCGGAGAUUCUAUCGAAGAUCGAGGCCGCCGGAGAUGAAUUGAACGGCGAAACGUGCAGGGAAUUGGUGGUGAAACUCAGGACGGCAAUGGAGGAGAGCAAGAGGAACAGGAAACGUAUCAUUGCUAAUAGCGCCGGUAAAGUCCUUUUGGAUAUCUUCGGCUCCUUCUCCUCUAAGGACAAUAAUUUCCUCGACGUUUUGGAGGAAAUCUUGUCAACGUUGGCAACGAUGUUGCCGCUCGACGCUGAAUCCCGGUCGGGAAACAUCGUAACCGAUUCCUCGCUACGCAGCUUAGAAUGGUUCAUGAACAACGGCAAUCUCCCUAGCCGAAGCAACGCAGUUUUGGUGCUAAGAGAGAUCCUAGCCGCCGCAGACCAAACAAAAUGCGACGAAAUCGUGGAUUUCACUCUAGAACCGCUAGUCAAUCUGGUAAAAGAUCCAAUUUGCCCGGCGGCCACCAAGGCAGCGCUGCUGUCAAUCUACUACCUAAUCUCCAAAUCCUCCACUCCCGCGGCGGCGAAAGCCGCCGCGGCCCUCUCCAAGCUAGGAAUCGUAGCAACAAUAACCGAAACGCUGGUGGAUUGCGACCGGAGCGUGUGCGAGAAGGCGCUGGCGGUUCUGGACGGCGUCUGCGGCAUCUCCGCCGCGGCGAGAGAAACGGCCAUUAACCACGCGUUAACCAUACCGGUUUUGGUGAAGAAACUGCACCGAGUUUCGGAGUUGUCAACCGAGUUCUCAGUCUCGGUUCUAUGGAAACUCGGCAAGUACGAUGAAAAGGUGGUGGUUGAGGCUCUGCGAGUGGGGGCGUUUCAGAAGCUUUUGCUGCUCUUACAAGUGGGGUGUAGCGAAACCGCGAAGGAGAAGGCGGGCGAGCUGUUGAAGAUGAUGAAUGUGCACAAGGAUAGCGAAGAGUGUAUCGAGUCAGGGGAUUUCAGAAAUCUUAAACGGACAUUUUAA